AUGGAAGCAACUGUUCAGGAGAAUACCGGCCAGUCUACCAAGAAAUCUUCCCCCAGAGAGGAAGUCAACUCGUCAGAAAGCGGUGGCAAAACGCCAAAAGGAAGGACUCUGUCACCUCAUUCGUCAAAAGAAGACAAAACAUUAAAUUCUUUACAACCAAAAAAUAACGUUCGAGAAGGUCAUGAAGCCUCACCGCCCACUUCUGGUCUUCCGGUAUCCCGACCCACGAAAAGUAACGUCGGAAAGUACAAAUUGGUGCGCACCAUCGGUAAGGGAAAUUUUGCCAAAGUCAAGCUCGCCAUACACAUGGCAACAGGAGUUGAGGUUGCAAUCAAAAUAAUAAAUAAGAAGGGCUUAGAUUGGGCCGCCAACGAUCGUCUGCGGAGGGAAGUCAGUAUUCUCCAAAAACUUAAUCAUCCAAACAUUGUUCGGUUGCUGGAAAUUAUAGAGAAUGAUGAAGUAAUUUGUCUGGUGCAGGAAUACGCCAACGGUGGUGAGAUAUUCGAUUACCUCGUAGCUCACGGUAAGAUGCACGAGAAGGAGGCCAGGAGCAAGUUUCGACAGCUUGUCUCUGCCAUUGACUACUGCCACUCUAGAAAUAUUGUUCAUCGAGAUCUUAAGGCCGAAAAUAUUCUUCUCGACUCACAGCUGAAUGUUAAAGUCGCUGAUUUCGGUUUGGCUAAUAUCUUCACUCCUGACCAAAAACUGUCUACCUUCUGUGGCAGUCCUCCAUACGCUGCCCCCGAACUAUUCCUGGGCAUUCGUUACCACGGUCCGGGAGUUGAUGUUUGGUCGAUGGGAGUGCUUCUCUUUACUCUGGUUGUGGGUCAUUUGCCCUUCGAUGCGACAGAUUUGCGGGAGCUGCGGACGAAAAUCCUCACUGUGCGCUACAACCUCGGUAGAGGCGAAGUCUCUAACGAUUUGCUGGCUCUAUUGAAGAAGAUGCUCGUUCUGGAUCCACGUGAUCGUUACUCCUUGCGGGCAAUAAUGAAUGACCGAUGGCUCAACACGGGCUAUGAUUCGGUGAUGACGCCGUACGCAGAGCCCUCUCAGAUCCACCUAAAUGAGAUUUACGUUGAGCACAUGCUUCGUCUCGGUUUUACAGAGGUGGAUCUCAUGAACUCCGUUUUGACUCCAGGCUUUGAUCACGUCUACGCCACCUAUUCUCUUCUACCCGAAAUGCUGAAAAAACAGUCAAUGAACAUUCCGUCUCUGGAGGUAAUCCCAAAGACCUCUUCGGAGAGUUCAGGUGGCGGUGGGGGCGGAGGUAGAAAAGGAACCGCGGUGGGUCGGUUCACAGUGGAGCCGGCGACAGAGACGCCACGACGCCAGCCGGGCCUGAGGGCUCACCACCUGCAACAGCAGAUGCCCACAGUGCCUCCAGGCUCUCAUAAUGCCUCCAUUUCCUCUAACUACUCGGCUACUAGUUCUCUACCCGCUGCGCUCAAACGCGCCUUUGUCAACAUGGGUCGAUCGCUCACCGGUCAGGGUAGCUCUAGUACCACCGCCACCUCCACUGCUUCCAAUACCUUCUCUGCCACCGCUGCUACUCCAUCCAACGGACCGGAACAGCCCUCCGUCGAGGCUGGCGGUAUGACCGUGAAACACUACAGACCGAAGGACCUUCAGCCCCGGCGAAUGUCACUGCCCGUGAACACUCGUUCGCAUAGCAAACACCAUCAGACUACCCCAGUCUCAGUAACACCAGCGCCCGUACCUUUGAGCUCGCGUCAAAAGCGCGGUGGCCAGAGUCGGGGACAACACAGUGCGAAUGCAACCACCACCGCCGCCACUUCAGCAUCGGUGGGUGCGAUGGCUUCGGGCGUGCGUUCCGCUAAAACUGAGCUGCCAGGUAUAUCUGUCACCUCCCCUGGGCAGCAGCAGCAACAUCAUCGCCAUCACCAUCAUCACAAUGCCACCCCCACUGCUUCCCACUCUUCCUCCUCCUCCAAUCGAGAGGAGGCUACAAGUGGAGAUGCUUCAGCCUCGGCAGCUGUAGCAAAGGUGGCUGAGAAUAUUGUGGAAGACGUGGUGGAGAAUGUACGAGAGGAGUUUAAGGAAGCCGGUGGCGGCGUGGGCAGCGCACAAGCGCGCGCCUCCGAUGCAGUGGUGGUAGUGGUGGAAGGCAAGAACCUCGGCUCAGCUGCCAGCCAAAUGGCUCUAAAUCCUACCGCCGCCGCCGCUGCUGUCGCUGCCGCCAGUCUAUCUACGGACAGCGGACAUCAUUCCACUAGCACGGAGCAACGUCGCUCUCAUGAUAUACCUGGCUAUAACUCACCUCAGUCCUCAGCACAUCAGAGUACAUGGACGCGGAACUUCCUUCGGGCACUUGGAAGCUUCCUUCAAGGGCCGUCGAAGCAAGCCUCGGCGCCAACACAAUUGAUAGGCGGAGGGAAGCGGCAGAUCUAUUCAAAGCCACGAGAGGUGCGCAAUCCCUGGGGGGUACAUGUUACCUCGACGAAGACAGCGUCGGAAUUAAUGAAUGAGAUGAAGCAUGCGUUAAAGGCGGUGAGGGGCUGUCAGUGGGAGGCGGACUAUCAGUGGAUGUACCUGUUGCAUUGUGGGUGGUCUGAGGUGCUCUCGGAUAGCAGCAACACAGAAGGCAGUAUGGAGAUCGCAGAGGUGGGUUCAGAGACAGAGGCGAGGGCAGGUACGAGUACAGGGCUAGGCGAACUAGAGGGGACCAGGGGAGUGGCCUCCUCGUCAGUCUCCUCGGAUAUGCUGCAGUGGGAGAUGGAAGUGUGCUCCAUUCCACGUCUGCACCAACGCGCCGUUUGUCUCAAACGCAUCCGCGGCUCUGCCAUCCAAUUUCAGAAGUCUGUGCCUCUAACCGAGCAUCUCUUCUCCAUGUCUCCCUUCACCUAUCCACUUGCCUUUCCACUGUCCUCUUCAAUUGCACCCACCCAUCACUAUCCCUUCAUUGGAGCUCGCACACCCGACCACCAUGGUGAUAGUUGUGGCGGUGGUGGUGGUGGUGGUGGUGGUGGUGGGGUGGGAUGCCAUGUUGGGAGCUCUGAUCGCAGCCCUCACUUUCCCUUGUACAAAAAUAAACAAUUUGAGGUGGGCGUUGCACAGUGUAUCUCCACACGCGCCUGCGUUGCAGCAACGACGUCUGCUCUCGGACCAAUACUACCCUAUAAACUCCCCUCUACCUUUUGUGAGGUGGAUCUAAUGUACCUCCGACUACCGGUCGUGUGGACAACAGCAUCGCCUGCUCCAUGA